AUGAGCACCGACAACCGCGACCGCUACACAACAGACACCUCUGGCGGCGGAAUCGCCCACGGCUCCUCAACUGGCGCCCCCGGCAUCCCAACCGGCCUCCACGCAACCCGCGCGCAGUACAACCCCGCAACAGCAGGCUACAACCCAGCAACAGGAGCAUCCUACAGCAAAGCCUCAGCCGGCGGACCGCACCAGAGCCACCACCAGCCCGCAUCGCCAUCCAACAGCUACGAUGCGGCGGGACAGGAUGAUCGCAUCCAACAUGCGCCGAGUACGGCGCAGCGGGUCCAGAUGGAUGAGGAGGAAGAGAAGAUAGCCGGGCAGAAGUCGCGGACGGGCUCGAAGUCAGCGAAUAUGGGGGAGAAUGUUGGGAAGAAGGCGCAAGGUGUUAUUGCGGGUGUGCAUGGCGCCGGCGAGUCGCUACGAGGCUCGCUUACGGCUGCAGUGGAUCGGACGUUUGGAUCUGAAGAGAGCGCCGAGUGGAAUGAGGAGAUUGCCCGUCGGGGUGAGCGUGAGAUUCGCUCGGGCCAGUACGCGGGGCAUCCCGAGUCGAGG